AUGUCAAUGUCAGAAGCCGAGCUGAAGCGCCUAGCCCACGCCGAGUACUGGGAUGAACGCUACGCCAAGGUCGGCCCCGAGGAACAAGUCCACGAGUGGUUCCGCUCGUUCAAAGACCUGGCGCCAUUUUUCGACCGGCACCUUCUCCAGGUGCGACGGCCCGAGACGCAGCCAAGGAUCCUACACCUAGGAUCAGGAGACAGUACCAUACCCGAAGACCUCGCGAAAAGGGGGUACAAGAACCAAGUCUGUGUUGACUUUUCUCCCGUCGUGGUCGAAACCAUGUCGAAACGACACGCAGGCGUCGGGGGCAUCACCUGGCUGCACGGCGAUGUCCGGCAGAUGGAUCAGAUCCCGUCCCAGUCGGUCGAUGUUGCGUUCGACAAGGGCACGUUGGAUGCCAUGAUUCACGGCAGUCCCUGGAGCCCGCCGGACGACGUUGUGGAGAAUACGGGGCGAUACGUCCGCGAGGUCUUUCGGGUCCUCAAAUCAAACGGCACGUUCAUCUACGUCACGUACCGGCAGCCUCACUUUGUUAAACCGCUUCUCAACUGCGAGGGAGCUACGUGGGACAUCCAGGUCGACGUGCUGGGUGGUUCGGAGAGCUCCUUUGACUACCACGGCUUUGUGCUCAAGAAGACUCCGUCAUCGCUGGGGAACAUCGAGACAGAGAAAGGAGACUCCAGCUGA